UCGCUGCCGCCAUCCUGCUGGCGAAAGAGAGGCGAGAGACAGAGAGGCCCGCCCGCUAGCCGGCCCGGCCAGUGUGGGCCAGUGCGUGAGGGCGCGGGGGGCCGUGUCAGCGCGACGCAGAGCGCAGCCGCCACCGCCAAACGGACAUGUUGGAGCCCCGCGCUACCGCCGCCUCCAUUCCCUCCUCCGGCGCACGGGACUGAGCGGGGGCCCGCCGCUUCUGACUGCGCUCGACCGGCCCGGCUUCGCCGCCUCGGCCGCAGCCCCUUCCUGCUCGGCCUCGGCCUCCGCCGCUCGUCGCCUCCCGUCCUCCUCCCCCCCCCCACGCCCUAGGCCCUGCCGGCUCCCGGCCCUGCUCCGCCGCGGCGCGAGGUCUAUGUGACCGGCGGGCCCGGAGCAGCCGCCGCCGCAACGCGAACAUGGACGCCGUCAACGCCUUCAACCAUGAGCUUUUUUCACUGAUGGACAUGAAACCUCCCAUCUCUAGAGCCAAGAUGAUCCUGAUUACUAAAGCUGCUAUUAAAGCUAUUAAGCUUUACAAGCAUGUUGUUCAGAUAGUAGAGAAAUUCAUCAAAAAGUGUAAACCAGAAUACAAGGUUCCAGGAUUAUAUGUCAUUGAUUCCAUUGUGAGACAGUCUCGUCAUCAGUUUGGAACUGAUAAAGAUGUUUUUGGGCCAAGAUUCUCUAAAAAUAUAACUGCUACAUUCCAAUAUUUAUAUCUUUGUCCAUCUGAAGAUAAGAGUAAAAUAGUUCGUGUGCUAAAUCUUUGGCAAAAAAAUGGAGUAUUCAAAAUUGAAAUUAUUCAGCCUCUUUUGGACAUGGCAGCAGGAGCCAGUAAUGCUAUCCCAGUAGCAGAAAAUGUCACCAACAAUGAAGGCUCACCUCCACCCCCAGUAAACGCCUCUUCUGAACUUGCACAAGCUCCCACAAACUCCAUGCCUGCUGUACCACAGUUGCCCAGCUCUGAUGCCUUUGCUGCUGUGGCUCAGCUGUUUCAGACAACUCAAGGCCAGCAGCUGCAGCAGAUCCUUCAGACUUUUCAACAGCCUCCAAAACCACAGUCUCCCGCCCUUGACAAUGCUGUGAUGGCUCAGGUUCAGGCUAUCACAGCUCAGUUAAAGACAGCUCCUACACAACCACCUGAGCAAAAAGCUGCUUUCCCCCCACCUGAACAAAAAACUGCAUUUGACAAGAAGCUGCUUGAUAGAUUUGAUUAUGAUGAUGAGCCUGAAGCUGUGGAAGAUGCAAAGAAAGAGGAUGCUGCUGUCACCGCUGCAGCCUCUGCUGCUGCUGCUGCUGCUGUCCCUGUCCCUCCUACACCCACUGUGGCCACACCUGCUAUUGCUCCUGCUGUGCCAGUACCCUCUACCACCUCGCCCCCUCCUCCACAGGUGCCAUUUGGCUAUCCUGGGGAUGGCAUGCAGCAGACAGCCUACACACAACAUCAAAGUAUGGAUCAGUUUCCGCCUCGGAUGAUGGGAAUGCAGCAGGAUACAGUGCACCAUCAGGUUUCACUUCCUCCUAAUGGACAGAUGCCAGGAUUUGGGCUUCUCUCCGCACCUCCAUUUCCUCCCAUGCCGCAGCCUGGGAUGCCGCAGCCUGGGAUGCCUCAACCUGGGAUGCCUCAGCCUGGGAUGCCUCAGCCUGGGAUGCCGCAGCCUGGAAUUCCCCCAACUCCACCAGUACAACCAACUUUCCAACCUACUUUUCAGCCACAAAAUGAACCCCUUUCACAAAAACCACAUCAGCAGGAAAUGGAAGUAGAACAGCCUUGUAUCCCGGAGGUUAAGCGGCACGUGCCGGAGAGCAGAAAGUCAAGAUCUAGGUCAGCAUCCAGGUCACCAAAAAGAAGAAGAUCUAGAUCUGGCUCUAGGUCUCGGAGAUCCCGCCACCGGCGUUCUCGGUCCCGGUCCAGGGACAGGCGCCGGCACUCACCUCGGUCUCGUUCUCAAGAAAGACGGGAUCGAGAAAAAGAGAGGGAACGGCGACAAAAAGGCCUCCCUCAGAUCAAGUCAGAAACUGCCAGUGUUUGUAGUACCACACUGUGGGUGGGACAGCUGGACAAAAGGACUACUCAGCAGGAUGUUGCCAGUCUCUUAGAAGAGUUUGGUCCUAUUGAAUCAAUUAAUAUGAUUCCUCCCAGAGGUUGUGCCUAUAUCGUAAUGGUUCACAGGCAGGAUGCAUACCGUGCCCUCCAGAAACUGAGCCGGGGAAACUAUAAAGUGAACCAGAAAUCCAUAAAGAUUGCCUGGGCCUUAAACAAAGGAAUAAAGGCAGAUUAUAAGCAGUAUUGGGAUGUUGAAUUGGGUGUUACUUAUGUCCCGUGGGACAAAGUCAAACCUGAGGAGCUGGAGAGUUUUUGUGAAGGAGGAAUGUUGGACAGUGACACACUUAACCCAGAUUGGAAAGGCAUCCCCAAGAAGUCUGAAAAUGAAGUUGCUCAAAAUGGAGGUGCAGAAGCCUCCCACACAGAUCCAGUGUCACCCGUACCUAAGCCUUUGCCUGUGCCUGUCCCUCCUAUUCCUGUUCCUGCGCCUAUAACAGUGCCACCUCCACAGGUCCCACCUCAUCAGCCGGGCCCUCCUGUAGUUGGUGCUCUCCAGCCACCUGCUUUCACACCUCCCUUAGGAAUCCCCCCUCCAGGCUUUGGGCCUGGUGUUCCUCCUCCUCCACCACCAUUUUUGCGCCCAGGAUUCAACCCGAUGCAUUUACCACCAGGUUUUCUUCCUCCUGGACCCCCACCUCCUAUAACUCCACCAGUAUCCAUUCCUCCUCCUCACACUCCACCAAUAAGCAUCCCAAACUCUGCUAUCGCUGGUAUAAGUGAAGACACUACAAAAGACUUAUCUAUUGGAAAUCCCAUUCCAACAGUGGUGUCUGGGGCUAGAGGAAACGCCGAGUCUGGUGACAGUGCGAAAAUGUAUGGCUCUGCUGCGCCACCUGCUGCACCCACGAAUCUGCCUACCCCUCCUGUAACCCAGCCUGUUUCACUUCUUGGCACUCAAGGAGUUGCACCGGGUCCUGUAAUUGGGCUCCAGGCACCAUCUUCUGGUCUUCUUGGUGCCAGACCUGGCAUGAUCCCACUCCAGCGGCCCCCAGGGAUGCCUCCACCUCACUUGCAGCGGUUUCCUAUGAUGCCACCUCGCCCCAUGCCACCGCAUAUGAUGCACAGAGGUCCGCCUCCAGGACCAGGGGGCUUUGCUAUGCCCCCACCUCAUGGAAUGAAAGGGCCCUUUCCACCACAUGGCCCUUUCGUUAGGCCUGGUGGAAUGCCAGGGCUUGGGGGCCCAGGCCCAGGCCCGGGAGGACCAGAAGAUAGAGAUGGAAGGCAGCAACAGCCACAGCAGCAGCAGCAGCAGCAGCCUCAGCCACAGCCACAGCCACCACCACAACAGUCACAGCCACAGCAGCCACCACCGUCACAGCAGCCAGCACCAGCUCAGCAACAGCCACAGCAGUUUAGAAAUGAUAACAGGCAGCAGUUCAAUUCAGGUAGAGACCAAGAAAGGUUUGGAAGAAGAUCUUUUGGAAAUAGGGUGGAAAAUGACCGGGAACGUUAUAGCAACCGUAAUGAUGAUAGAGAUAAUAGUAACCGUGAAAGGAGAGAGUGGGGAAGGAGGAGCCCUGACCGGGACAGACACAGAGACUUGGAAGAGAGGAAUAGGCGCUCUAGUGGGCAUCGGGACCGAGACAGGGAUUCUAGAGACAGAGAGUCUCGUAGAGAAAAGGAAGAGAAUCGAAAAGAGAAGCACGAGCUCCCAGACAGGGCAGGUAGUAGCAAAGCCAGUGAACCUCCCCUUAGCCAAGUGGGAAACGUAGACACUGUUUCAGAACUUGAUAAGGGGGAGGCCAUGGCCACAGUGGUAAAACCUGAAGCGUCACCUGCUGAGGCUACCUCAUCCGUUGAACCCGAGAAGGAUUCUGGCUCAGCAGCAGAGGCUCCUCGCUAGAGACUGGCUAUGACAGAAUGUGACAGUGACACUGGGUGUAGAGCUGAGGUGUACAGAUGCUGUAUAAUAUUUGCUCCUGCUACGUCACCCCACAGUAGUUGAUGGGGACUGUGAGCAAUUUGAUUGCUUCCCUUCUAUUUAAAAAUAGCCACAAAAUAACAAAAAAUACUGAAAAUAUAUUACCCUUUUUUGCUGUAACUUUUUAAAAGUUUUGACUUUUAAAAGUUUACAAAUCCUAAUUAGAAGUGCUCUCUAUUUUUUUUUUUU